CAGCCAAAUAUUGAGGGAGACGAAUGUAGCGAAAAAAGGGCUGAAUAUAGGUUUGAGACCCUCCAGGUACAUGCAGGACAAUCCCCUGACCCGCAUUCCCUCUCUCGUGCUGUCCCUAUCUAUGCCUCCUCGUCCUUCGUCUUCCGAGACCACGAACAUGGUGCCCGUCUCUUUGCUUUGGAAGAAUCUGGGAACCUGUACAGUCGGAUCAUGAACCCGACAAACGACGUGUUUGAAAAGCGGGUGGCGGCUUUGGAGGGCGGGAAAAUGGCCGUAGCUACGGCCUCGGGGCAGGCGGCCCAGUUCCUAGCAAUCGUGACCCUCGCACAGGCAGGAGACAAUGUCGUGUCCUCGUGCUCUCUGUACGGCGGCACCUACUGCCAGUUCAAAGUCUCCUUGCCCAGGCUUGGUAUCAGCGCUCGCUUCGCUCCGGAUGACGAUCCCGCCUCGUUCGAGAUGCUGGUGGACAAUAAGACCAAAGCGCUGUAUGUGGAGACGCUAGGCAAUCCUAAGUAUAACAUUCCACGAUUCAAAGAACUGAAAAUGCUGGCAGAAAAGCACCGGAUACCUUUGAUUGUGGACAAUACCUUCGGCGGUUGCGGGGCCAUUUGUCGCCCGAUUGAGCACGGCGCGGAUAUUGUGGUGGAGAGCGCGACGAAGUGGAUCGGGGGCCAUGGCACGACCAUUGGCGGCGUGAUUGUGGAUGCCGGUACCUUUGAUUGGAGCAACGGAAAGUUCCCUCUGUUCACGGACCCUUCUCCCGGGUACCAUGGCUUGAAAUUUUGGGAUGUCUUUGGUGGAGAGAAGAGCGUCCUCGGUUUCAACGGGGCGUUUGCCGUUCGCGCCCGUGUGGAGGGACUGCGGGAUUUUGGUGCGUGCCAGAAUCCCUUCGGCGCUUUUCUGCUAUUGCAGGGUCUAGAAACACUCUCCUUGCGCAUCGAGCGCAUCAACCACAAUGCCCUCCAUUUGGCGCGCUGGCUGAAAACUUGCUCUAGUGUGGCGUGGGUGCGGUACCCUGGUUUGCCGGAGCACGAGUCCUAUGAACGGGCCCGACAAUAUUUCAGACCAGGCUUGUUCGGUCCUGUCCUGAGCUUUGGCGUGAAGGGGGGCCGGAAAGCGGGAACAAUCUUCAUCAACAGCUGCGUCCUCGCCUCGCACCUAGCCAAUGUGGGGGAUGCCAAGACUCUGAUCAUCCACCCGGCCUCCACGACACACCAACAACUCACCGAAAGAGAGCAGGAGGGGAGUGGAGUCACGGCUGAUAUGAUUCGGUAA